AUGGCAGCUUGGGUAGGAGCAGUGAAGCAGCUGAGCCGAGAGUCAUUGACGGACCUGCUGCUGGGGCAACACACACCGGCGGAUGGAUCUAGCGCGCCUGCGGCUCAACGCUACCACGUGCAUGGAUCCCUUCGGGCGGCGAUGUGGUUGACGUUGGGUGGCGCGAAGCUCCGUGGCCAUCCAUGGCAUUGGGUUCCUGAGAGGGAGAAGGCAAGGGGUGAGAUGGCGAAGUUUCUAUUUUCCGUCAUCUGUUCUUUGCCAUAUGCUGAUGACGGCAAACCCUCUCUUUGCCGUCUGCCUCGCCAAAAUGCUGAUGGCAAAGAAAGUAAUGACGGCAAAUCUCCUGUUUGCCAUAGUGAAACAAGUUUUCCUUAA